CGCCGAGCACCCGCGUGGGAGUUGUGCGAGCGCGUGUGAGCGGGGCCUGGGGCGGGGCCCGCAGGAGGAAGCGCGCGGACCAUGGUCACCCUCGGCUGAGUUUCCGGCGGCGACUUUGAUUAUUGGCAAAUAAUCACCACCACAAUCCCGAGCCCUGGGGCUUGCCUCCGCCACGCACAGACUCCGCGAGCCCGCACACGGCCGCGCCACCACCACCUGGCCCCGAUCGCCAGCCCCAAACGAGCCGAUGGAAAAAUCCAAAAAUUUCCGCAUCGACGCGCUGCUGGCCGUGGACCCCCCGCGAGGCGCCUCGGCGCAGACCGCGCCGCUGGCCCUGGUCACCUCCCUCUCGGCCGCCGUGUCUGGGCCCGGCGGCGGCGGCGGGGCGAGCAGCGGGGCGAGCGGCAGCUGCAGCCCCGCGUCCUCGGAGCCGCCUGUGGCGCCCGCCGACCGCCUGCGGGCCGAGAGCCCGUCGCCGCCGCGCCUGCUGGCCGCGCACUGCGCGCUGCUGCCGAAGCCGGGCUUCCUGGGCGCAGGCGGCGCGGGCGGCGGGUCCGGGGGGCCCCACCACCACGCGCACCCCGGCGCCGCCGCUGCCGCCGCCGCCGCCGCCGCCGCCGCGGGCGGCCUGGCCCUGGGGCUGCACCCGGGGGGCGUGCAGGGCGGCGCGAGCCUCCCGGCGCAGGCGGCACUCUACGGCCACCCGGUCUACGGCUACUCGGCGGCGGCGGCGGCCGCCGCGCUGGCCGGCCAGCACCCGGCGCUCUCCUACUCGUACCCGCAGGUGCAGGGCGGGCACCCUGCGCACCCCGCCGACCCCAUCAAGCUGGGCGCCGGCACCUUCCAGCUGGACCAGUGGCUGCGUGCGUCCACCGCGGGCAUGAUCCUGCCCAAGAUGCCCGACUUUAACUCCCAGGCGCAGUCGAACCUCCUGGGGAAGUGCCGCCGGCCGCGCACGGCCUUCACCAGCCAGCAGCUGCUGGAGCUGGAGCACCAGUUCAAACUCAACAAGUACCUGUCGCGGCCCAAGCGCUUCGAGGUGGCCACCUCGCUGAUGCUCACGGAGACCCAGGUGAAGAUCUGGUUCCAGAACCGGCGGAUGAAGUGGAAACGCAGCAAAAAGGCCAAAGAGCAGGCGGCGCAGGAGGCCGAGAAGCAGAAGGGCGGCGGGGGCGCGUGCAAAGGCGGCGGCGCCGAGGACCAGGGGGAAGAGGAGCUGCUGGGGCCGCCGGCUCCCGGGGACAAGGGCAGCGGACGCCGCUUGCGGGACUUGAGGGACAGUGACCCCGAGGAGGACGACGACGACGAGGAGGACCAUUUCCCCUACAGCAACGGCGCCAGCGCGCACGCGGCCUCCUCCGACUGCUCCUCCGGGGCCGACUCGCCGCCGCCGCGGCCCGGGCCCGGCCACCAGCCCCCGCCGCAGUAGGG